AUGGCGAAGACGCUUGAGAAAACCCGCAAGCAGAUUGCGAAGAAGCGCAACGGCACCGUAGAAGCCCUUCAUCUGUAUUCACGAGACUCCAAGCGCCUCCACCGUGCUUCUGUGAGAGAUGAGAAGCUGGGAAAGCUCGCCUCGUCACGAGGCAAGAAGGAACAGCCACUCCUCGACCGUGCCAACUUCUUCAGGGAUGCCGUCAUGGAAAGGGGUACCAAGCCCCUAGAGAUGGGUGUUGUCCAGGAGCUCAUCAACUCGUUUGUUCACCAGCAUGAUGAGGAGCACAGUGAGGUCAAGAAGACUCGCCGCCCCGGUCGCCCAGCCAGCGCCCAACAGGACCUCCUCGAGGCAAAGAUCAAGAAACUGUUGGAAGAACAGAAGAACGGCUUCUUCAUGCCUGAUCUCACAAGCGACGACAACGUUCAUUUGCUGGAUCGUUGGGAGGGCUCCUGGGCUUACCUCACAUCCGUUGCCUGGGUUCGCGUGGCCUCUGACAAGACAGUCAAGCCUGCAAGCUUCCCUCCCAUGUGA